AACUACAGAUGCUGCACACACUGAGCAGGUUUCUUUUGUCAUCAGAUAUGUGCAUAACAUGCAAAUCAAGGAGCGCUUUCUGCAGGUGUGCAAUGUGCAGGUCACAAGUGGAGAUGCUCUUGAAAAGACAGUCAUAGCUCUCCUGGAAGAAAAUAAUCUGAAGUUGGAAAACAUCCAAUGUACAAUGUACCCCGAUAAGCGUCCACUGGAGCUGCAGAAGCUGUCAGACACACGGUGGGCUUGCAGAGAAACUGCCCUUCGCACUCUGAGAAAGGUCCUCCCAGCUGUCAUGCAGUUUCUUGAGGAAAUAACACAGCAAGAUCCCCCAAACUCUUCAGCAGGUGAUGCAAUGAUCCUUCUCAAGAGCAUCAACUUUGAAUUCUUCCUGUGUCUGGAGAUCACCUGUCCAAUCUUCCAGAUGACUGCAAUGGCUUCUGAUGCUUUGCAACAGAAAGACAUAGACCUGGCUGCAGCAUACAAAAUUGUUGAUGGAGUUUUUCAGAGGCUGGCCCACACCAGAACAGAGGAAGAGUUUGAAAACAUGUAUCAACAGGCUACAGAGAAGGCUGCAUCAGUGGGCCUGGACCCGCCAAAUGAGAUUCCUGGUCAAGCUAGGAGGAGGAAAAUGCCAGCAAAGUUCAAGGUCAUUGCCACAGCAGCUACUGCUGACCACACUUUCCCUACUUUGCAAGACUACUACCGUGUUAAAGUGUAUUACGCUUUUGUGGACAUGAUGACACAAGAGCUUCAGAGACGCUUUAAAGGAGAAGAUAACUCAACAUGGGAAAUCUUGAAUGCCCUCCACUGCCUGACAGUCCCAGAGAACUGGAAAACAACAAAAAUUCCAACAGAGGCACUGCAAGCUCUGAAGAAACUCUGCCAGUUCUACAACAUUGAAGAAGAAGACAAACUGCAGACAGAGCUUAAGGUCUUCCAUAUGUCAUACUCAUGCCCCUCACCAGUCAGUGUAGCAUCUCUUCUUUCAGUGGUCAGAGAAAACAAUGCACAUCUGGUUUUCCCUAACUUGACUGAGCUGCUGAAGACAUACGGCACACUUCCAGUGUCUACAGCAACUGUGGAACGCUCUUUCUCAAAACUGAAGCUGGUGAAAACAAAACUUCGCACCCUUUGCACAGAAGAGAGGUUGUCAGAGCUUCUUCUGCUGGCAAUUGAGAAGGAUAUUCCAAUCAACCACAGUGAGGUCAUUGACAUUUUUCAGGGCAUGGGCAACAGGAAGUUGCUGUUAUAACUGCAACAAAGAAAAACACAACUUUGUGAUGUGUAAAAAGAAACCACAGACCCAGACAAGCACACACACAUCCCUCCUCUAUUCUCUAUAUCUCAUUAUAAAUGUUCCCUUUUCAGUUUAAUAAAUUAUUAUUAUUAUAGCAUUUCUUGUUGGAAUCAUGUUUGUGUUUUGAGGUUGGAAAACAAAAAUAAAGUUUUGAAAUUAAAAUAAAGAGGUGUCACAAUUGUUUAAUUUUUGUCCUCCAGUUUUAUUUUAACUAAAAAACAAGGACUCUAGGAAGAGCAGCCACAGUUACAGUCCAGUGUCUAAUGGGGAUCUAAAUUCAACUUCAUACAUUAUCUUCCAAUGUCCUAAAUUAAUGCACAGCUUGAAUUAUGGCUUUGUGGAUAUAGACUGUACCUUCACCUCUCCUUUAUUCUGGUCCCCCAUUAAUGUUCCCCUUUCAGUUUAUGAAUGAGCAAAUAGUUCUGUUUAGUUCAAACAGUCAGCCUGGCUGCAGCCUCUCAGCAGGAGUCUCCGACAAACAGUCAGCAGUAUGGUAGGUCACAGUCAGCCAUUUUCAAUGUCAGUUAUCUUUGCAUCUUCUCAUGAUGAGAAAACACUUGUUUAAUCAGCUACGAUCUCUCCCAUGUUUUUUUUUUAGUGUCUACAGUCUCAGAUCAAUACAGCCCACCUCCAGCAGUGUCAUCAUCAGUAGCAGCAGCCUCCUCACCAACCCCUUCAACAAAAGCUGUUCAAUGAACCCCAUCAGGUCAAACACAGACUGCCUCCUAACAAAGAUAUGAGGUGUGUCGUAUGUUGUGAUUUUAUGUUUCAUUCUUUAAGAAUAUCUGCUGCUACAAUUCACCCAGGUAUAUUGUAGGUAUGUUUAUGGUGUUUCAAAUUCGUGCUCCAUGUGCCCCCCUUUGAACUUUGAGCACCUGCCCCUCCAAAGGUCUCUGCACGGCCCUGACUCACAGUUUAACAUGAUGGAUUGUAGGACAGCUCUGCUGCUUUUAACUCUCUGCUGGACAGGUGUUGAUGGUCAGACUCUGACAGAAUCUGGAUCAGCAGUUAAAAGACCUGGAGAAUCCCACAGACUGACCUGUACAGGAUCUGGAUUCACAUUCAGCGACUAUGACAUGAACUGG